GCAAUGAAAGAGUUUGUGCAAAGAAUGGUGGAGAGAUUGGACAUAGAUGAGAACAGAGACCGCGUUUCUGUGGUCCAGUACAGUGGAGACACAGAGGUCCAUUUCUAUCUUAACACGUACACGACAAAGGAAGACAUUCUUGACAGUGUCAGAGGUCUGAGGCACAAAGGAGGCAGACCCCUCUACACGGGGGCCGGUCUCCAGUACGUCAGAGACAAUGUCUUUACUGCCACCUCUGGCAGCAGGAGACUGGAUGGUGUGCCGCAGAUACUGGUUUUGCUUAGUGGGGGAAGGUCAUCUGACAGUGUUGACGCAGCAGCCUCCUCUCUGAAAGAGCUUGGAGUUUUGACCUUUGGAAUAGGAUCGAGGGGCUCUGAUAGCAGAGAAUUGCAGAGAAUUUCAUCCGACCCCAAUUAUGCCCUGACCGUGUCCGACUUCAGUGAGCUUCCGAAAGUCCAAGAGCAGCUGCUAGCCUCUGUCAAGGCUGUUGCAAUUCCCAUCACUCCAACAUCACCAGCUGUCACCGCUGUUUACACCACACCCAGAAGGGACGUAGUCUUUCUUCUGGACGGUUCAGAUGGCACUAGGAAUUCUUUCCCAGCUAUGCGUGACUUCGUGCAAAGAGUAGUGGAGAAAUUCAACAUAGAGGCCAACAGAGACCGAGUUUCUGUGGUGCAGUACAGUAGAGACGCUGAGGUCCAUUUCUAUCUGAACAGCUACACGACAAAGGAAGACGUUCUUGACCGUGUCAGAGGCCUGAGACACAAAGGAGGCAGACCCCUCAACAUGGGGGCAGCUCUCCAGUACGUCAGAGACAGUGUCUUUACUGCCACCUCUGGCAGCAGGCGGCUGGAGGGUGUGCCGCAGAUACUGGUUUGUUGCGGGGGAAGGUCAUCUGACAGUGUCGAUGCAGCAGCCUCCUCUCUGAAAGAGCUUGGCGUUUCGACCUUUGGAAUAGGAUCGAGGGGCUCUGAUAGCAGAGAAUUGCAGAGAAUUUCAUCCGACCCCAAUUACGCUCUGACCGUGUCCGACUUCAGUGAGCUUCCAAAAGUCCAAGAGCAGCUGCUGGCCUCUGUCCAGGAUGUUGCAAUGCCUGUCACUCCGACUUCUCCGACUCUGACCGCUGAUGACGCCAUACCCAGAAAGGACGUAGUGUUCCUGCUGGACGCAUCAGAUGGCACUAGAAAUACUUUCCCGGCGAUGCGUGACUUCGUGCAAAGAUUAGUGGAGCAAUUCAGCACAGAUGCAAACAGAGACCGUGUUGCCGUGGUGCAGUACAGUAGAGACGCAGAGGUCAAUUUCUAUCUGAAUACCUACACAACAAAGGGGGAGAUCUUGAACUCUGUCAGAGGUCUGAGGCAUAGAGGAGGGAGACCCCUCAACACUGGGGCAGCUCUCCAGUACGUGAGGGACAAUGUCUUCACCGCCUCUGCGGGGAGUAGAAAGCAAGCGGGUGUCCCUCAGAUUCUCAUCCUCCUCAGUGGAGGACGGUCAAGUGAUAACAUAGAUAUACCUGCCUCCGCCUUGAAACAGGGCGGGAUCUUGAUUUUUGGUGUCGGCACCAGAAAUUCCAGCAGAGAGGUGCAGAGAAUUGCCAAUGAUCCUACCUAUGCACAGUCCAUCAAUGAAUUCUCUGACCUUCCCAGUGUCCAACAGCAGUUUAUCAGCUCCCUCAACAAUGUGCUUGGUCAAGUCAAGCCGGUGACAGCUACUGUGCCGGCUGAGCGAAAGAGGGAUGUGGUGUUCCUGCUGGAUGGUUCGGAUGGCACUAGGAGCUCUUUCCCUGCGAUGCGCGACUUUGUUGAAAGGAUGGUGGGGAGACUGAAUGUGUCUGAGAACAGAGACCGCGUGUCCGUGGUCCAGUACAGCAGAGAUCCAGAGGCCCAUUUCUAUCUUAACACAUACUCAAGAAAGGAGGACAUUCUUGACACAGUCAGGGGUCUGAGGCACAAAGGAGGGAGACCCCUCAACACAGGGGCAGCUUUGCAGUACGUGAGGGACAAUAUAUUCACUGCCUCCUCUGGAAGCAGACGUGUAGAAGGUGUGCCCCAGUUACUGAUUCUGCUGAGUGGUGGAAGGUCAUUUGAUAAUGUUGAUACACCGGCCUCAUCCCUGAAGGAGCUGGGAGUGCUUAUCUUUGGGAUAGGGUCAAGGAGCUCAGACAGCAGCGAACUCCAGAGGAUCUCCCAUGAGCCUAGUUAUGCACUCUCAGUAAGUGAUUUUGCUGACCUUCCAAGUGUCCAACAGCAGCUGUUCAGCAACAUUGACACAGUAUUUGUAGAGGUCACGUCUACCACUACCACGACGAUAGCUGAGGGCCGUAGGCAGAGGAGAGAUGUUGUCUUCCUGCUGGAUGGAUCGGAUGGCACUAGGAAUGGGUUCCCAGCAAUGAAAGAGUUUGUGCAAAGAAUGGUGGAGAGAUUGGACAUAGAUGAGAACAGAGACCGCGUUUCUGUGGUCCAGUACAGUGGAGACACAGAGGUCCAUUUCUAUCUUAACACGUACACGACAAAGGAAGACAUUCUUGACAGUGUCAGAGGUCUGAGGCACAAAGGAGGCAGACCCCUCUACACGGGGGCCGGUCUCCAGUACGUCAGAGACAAUGUCUUUACUGCCACCUCUGGCAGCAGGAGACUGGAUGGUGUGCCGCAGAUACUGGUUUUGCUUAGUGGGGGAAGGUCAUCUGACAGUGUUGACGCAGCAGCCUCCUCUCUGAAAGAGCUUGGAGUUUUGACCUUUGGAAUAGGAUCGAGGGGCUCUGAUAGCAGAGAAUUGCAGAGAAUUUCAUCCGACCCCAAUUAUGCCCUGACCGUGUCCGACUUCAGUGAGCUUCCGAAAGUCCAAGAGCAGCUGCUAGCCUCUGUCAAGGCUGUUGCAAUUCCCAUCACUCCAACAUCACCAGCUGUCACCGCUGUUUACACCACACCCAGAAGGGACGUAGUCUUUCUUCUGGACGGUUCAGAUGGCACUAGGAAUUCUUUCCCAGCUAUGCGUGACUUCGUGCAAAGAGUAGUGGAGAAAUUCAACAUAGAGGCCAACAGAGACCGAGUUUCUGUGGUGCAGUACAGUAGAGACGCUGAGGUCCAUUUCUAUCUGAACAGCUACACGACAAAGGAAGACGUUCUUGACCGUGUCAGAGGCCUGAGACACAAAGGAGGCAGACCCCUCAACAUGGGGGCAGCUCUCCAGUACGUCAGAGACAGUGUCUUUACUGCCACCUCUGGCAGCAGGCGGCUGGAGGGUGUGCCGCAGAUACUGGUUUUGUUUAGCGGGGGAAGGUCAUCUGACAGUGUCGAUGCAGCAGCCUCCUCUCUGAAAGAGCUUGGCGUUUCGACCUUUGGAAUAGGAUCGAGGGGCUCUGAUAGCAGAGAAUUGCAGAGAAUUUCAUCCGACCCCAAUUACGCUCUGACCGUGUCCGACUUCAGUGAGCUUCCAAAAGUCCAAGAGCAGCUGCUGGCCUCUGUCCAGGAUGUUGCAAUGCCUGUCACUCCGACUUCUCCGACUCUGACCGCUGAUGACGCCAUACCCAGAAAGGACGUAGUGUUCCUGCUGGACGCAUCAGAUGGCACUAGAAAUACUUUCCCGGCGAUGCGUGACUUCGUGCAAAGAUUAGUGGAGCAAUUCAGCAUAGAUGCAAACAGAGACCGUGUUGCCGUGGUGCAGUACAGUAGAGACGCAGAGGUCAAUUUCUAUCUGAAUACCUACACAACAAAGGGGGAGAUCUUGAACUCUGUCAGAGGUCUGAGGCAUAGAGGAGGGAGACCCCUCAACACUGGGGCAGCUCUCCAGUACGUGAGGGACAAUGUCUUCACCGCCUCUGCGGGGAGUAGAAAGCAAGCGGGUGUCCCUCAGAUUCUCAUCCUCCUCAGUGGAGGACGGUCAAGCGAUAACAUAGAUAUACCUGCCUCCGCCUUGAAACAGGGCGGGAUCUUGAUUUUUGGUGUCGGCACCAGAAAUUCCAGCAGAGAGGUGCAGAGAAUUGCCAAUGAUCCUACCUAUGCACAGUCCAUCAAUGAAUUCUCUGACCUUCCCAGUGUCCAACAGCAGUUUAUCAGCUCCCUCAACAAUGUGCUUGGUCAAGUCAAGCCGGUGACAGCUACUGUGCCGGCUGAGCGAAAGAGGGAUGUGGUGUUCCUGCUGGAUGGUUCGGAUGGCACUAGGAGCUCUUUCCCUGCGAUGCGCGACUUUGUUGAAAGGAUGGUGGGGAGACUGAAUGUGUCUGAGAACAGAGACCGCGUGUCCGUGGUCCAGUACAGCAGAGAUCCAGAGGCCCAUUUCUAUCUUAACACAUACUCAAGAAAGGAGGACAUUCUUGACACAGUCAGGGGUCUGAGGCACAAAGGAGGGAGACCCCUCAACACAGGGGCAGCUUUGCAGUACGUGAGGGACAAUAUAUUCACUGCCUCCUCUGGAAGCAGACGUGUAGAAGGUGUGCCCCAGUUACUGAUUCUGCUGAGUGGUGGAAGGUCAUUUGAUAAUGUUGAUACACCGGCCUCAUCCCUGAAGGAGCUGGGAGUGCUUAUCUUUGGGAUAGGGUCAAGGAGCUCAGACAGCAGCGAACUCCAGAGGAUCUCCCAUGAGCCUAGUUAUGCACUCUCAGUAAGUGAUUUUGCUGACCUUCCAAGUGUCCAACAGCAGCUGUUCAGCAACAUUGACACAGUAUUUGUAGAGGUCACGUCUACCACUACCACGACGAUAGCUGAGGGCCGUAGGCAGAGGAGAGAUGUUGUCUUCCUGCUGGAUGGAUCGGAUGGCACUAGGAAUGGGUUCCCAGCAAUGAAAGAGUUUGUGCAAAGAAUGGUGGAGAGAUUGGACAUAGAUGAGAACAGAGACCGCGUUUCUGUGGUCCAGUACAGUGGAGACACAGAGGUCCAUUUCUAUCUUAACACGUACACGACAAAGGAAGACAUUCUUGACAGUGUCAGAGGUCUGAGGCACAAAGGAGGCAGACCCCUCUACACGGGGGCCGGUCUCCAGUACGUCAGAGACAAUGUCUUUACUGCCACCUCUGGCAGCAGGAGACUGGAUGGUGUGCCGCAGAUACUGGUUUUGCUUAGUGGGGGAAGGUCAUCUGACAGUGUUGACGCAGCAGCCUCCUCUCUGAAAGAGCUUGGAGUUUUGACCUUUGGAAUAGGAUCGAGGGGCUCUGAUAGCAGAGAAUUGCAGAGAAUUUCAUCCGACCCCAAUUAUGCCCUGACCGUGUCCGACUUCAGUGAGCUUCCGAAAGUCCAAGAGCAGCUGCUAGCCUCUGUCAAGGCUGUUGCAAUUCCCAUCACUCCAACAUCACCAGCUGUCACCGCUGUUUACACCACACCCAGAAGGGACGUAGUCUUUCUUCUGGACGGUUCAGAUGGCACUAGGAAUUCUUUCCCAGCUAUGCGUGACUUCGUGCAAAGAGUAGUGGAGAAAUUCAACAUAGAGGCCAACAGAGACCGAGUUUCUGUGGUGCAGUACAGUAGAGACGCUGAGGUCCAUUUCUAUCUGAACAGCUACACGACAAAGGAAGACGUUCUUGACCGUGUCAGAGGCCUGAGACACAAAGGAGGCAGACCCCUCAACAUGGGGGCAGCUCUCCAGUACGUCAGAGACAGUGUCUUUACUGCCACCUCUGGCAGCAGGCGGCUGGAGGGUGUGCCGCAGAUACUGGUUUUGUUUAGCGGGGGAAGGUCAUCUGACAGUGUCGAUGCAGCAGCCUCCUCUCUGAAAGAGCUUGGCGUUUCGACCUUUGGAAUAGGAUCGAGGGGCUCUGAUAGCAGAGAAUUGCAGAGAAUUUCAUCCGACCCCAAUUACGCUCUGACCGUGUCCGACUUCAGUGAGCUUCCAAAAGUCCAAGAGCAGCUGCUGGCCUCUGUCCAGGAUGUUGCAAUGCCUGUCACUCCGACUUCUCCGACUCUGACCGCUGAUGACGCCAUACCCAGAAAGGACGUAGUGUUCCUGCUGGACGCAUCAGAUGGCACUAGAAAUACUUUCCCGGCGAUGCGUGACUUCGUGCAAAGAUUAGUGGAGCAAUUCAGCACAGAUGCAAACAGAGACCGUGUUGCCGUGGUGCAGUACAGUAGAGACGCAGAGGUCAAUUUCUAUCUGAAUACCUACACAACAAAGGGGGAGAUCUUGAACUCUGUCAGAGGUCUGAGGCAUAGAGGAGGGAGACCCCUCAACACUGGGGCAGCUCUCCAGUACGUGAGGGACAAUGUCUUCACCGCCUCUGCGGGGAGUAGAAAGCAAGCGGGUGUCCCUCAGAUUCUCAUCCUCCUCAGUGGAGGACGGUCAAGCGAUAACAUAGAUAUACCUGCCUCCGCCUUGAAACAGGGCGGGAUCUUGAUUUUUGGUGUCGGCACCAGAAAUUCCAGCAGAGAGGUGCAGAGAAUUGCCAAUGAUCCUACCUAUGCACAGUCCAUCAAUGAAUUCUCUGACCUUCCCAGUGUCCAACAGCAGUUUAUCAGCUCCCUCAACAAUGUGCUUGGUCAAGUCAAGCCGGUGACAGCUACUGUGCCGGCUGAGCGAAAGAGGGAUGUGGUGUUCCUGCUGGAUGGUUCGGAUGGCACUAGGAGCUCUUUCCCUGCGAUGCGCGACUUUGUUGAAAGGAUGGUGGGGAGACUGAAUGUGUCUGAGAACAGAGACCGCGUGUCCGUGGUCCAGUACAGCAGAGAUCCAGAGGCCCAUUUCUAUCUUAACACAUACUCAAGAAAGGAGGACAUUCUUGACACAGUCAGGGGUCUGAGGCACAAAGGAGGGAGACCCCUCAACACAGGGGCAGCUUUGCAGUACGUGAGGGACAAUAUAUUCACUGCCUCCUCUGGAAGCAGACGUGUAGAAGGUGUGCCCCAGUUACUGAUUCUGCUGAGUGGUGGAAGGUCAUUUGAUAAUGUUGAUACACCGGCCUCAUCCCUGAAGGAGCUGGGAGUGCUUAUCUUUGGGAUAGGGUCAAGGAGCUCAGACAGCAGCGAACUCCAGAGGAUCUCCCAUGAGCCUAGUUAUGCACUCUCAGUAAGUGAUUUUGCUGACCUUCCAAGUGUCCAACAGCAGCUGUUCAGCAACAUUGACACAGUAUUUGUAGAGGUCACGUCUACCACUACCACGACGAUAGCUGAGGGCCGUAGGCAGAGGAGAGAUGUUGUCUUCCUGCUGGAUGGAUCGGAUGGCACUAGGAAUGGGUUCCCAGCAAUGAAAGAGUUUGUGCAAAGAAUGGUGGAGAGAUUGGACAUAGAUGAGAACAGAGACCGCGUUUCUGUGGUCCAGUACAGUGGAGACACAGAGGUCCAUUUCUAUCUUAACACGUACACGACAAAGGAAGACAUUCUUGACAGUGUCAGAGGUCUGAGGCACAAAGGAGGCAGACCCCUCUACACGGGGGCCGGUCUCCAGUACGUCAGAGACAAUGUCUUUACUGCCACCUCUGGCAGCAGGAGACUGGAUGGUGUGCCGCAGAUACUGGUUUUGCUUAGUGGGGGAAGGUCAUCUGACAGUGUUGACGCAGCAGCCUCCUCUCUGAAAGAGCUUGGAGUUUUGACCUUUGGAAUAGGAUCGAGGGGCUCUGAUAGCAGAGAAUUGCAGAGAAUUUCAUCCGACCCCAAUUAUGCCCUGACCGUGUCCGACUUCAGUGAGCUUCCGAAAGUCCAAGAGCAGCUGCUAGCCUCUGUCAAGGCUGUUGCAAUUCCCAUCACUCCAACAUCACCAGCUGUCACCGCUGUUUACACCACACCCAGAAGGGACGUAGUCUUUCUUCUGGACGGUUCAGAUGGCACUAGGAAUUCUUUCCCAGCUAUGCGUGACUUCGUGCAAAGAGUAGUGGAGAAAUUCAACAUAGAGGCCAACAGAGACCGAGUUUCUGUGGUGCAGUACAGUAGAGACGCUGAGGUCCAUUUCUAUCUGAACAGCUACACGACAAAGGAAGACGUUCUUGACCGUGUCAGAGGCCUGAGACACAAAGGAGGCAGACCCCUCAACAUGGGGGCAGCUCUCCAGUACGUCAGAGACAGUGUCUUUACUGCCACCUCUGGCAGCAGGCGGCUGGAGGGUGUGCCGCAGAUACUGGUUUUGUUUAGCGGGGGAAGGUCAUCUGACAGUGUCGAUGCAGCAGCCUCCUCUCUGAAAGAGCUUGGCGUUUCGACCUUUGGAAUAGGAUCGAGGGGCUCUGAUAGCAGAGAAUUGCAGAGAAUUUCAUCCGACCCCAAUUACGCUCUGACCGUGUCCGACUUCAGUGAGCUUCCAAAAGUCCAAGAGCAGCUGCUGGCCUCUGUCCAGGAUGUUGCAAUGCCUGUCACUCCGACUUCUCCGACUCUGACCGCUGAUGACGCCAUACCCAGAAAGGACGUAGUGUUCCUGCUGGACGCAUCAGAUGGCACUAGAAAUACUUUCCCGGCGAUGCGUGACUUCGUGCAAAGAUUAGUGGAGCAAUUCAGCAUAGAUGCAAACAGAGACCGUGUUGCCGUGGUGCAGUACAGUAGAGACGCAGAGGUCAAUUUCUAUCUGAAUACCUACACAACAAAGGGGGAGAUCUUGAACUCUGUCAGAGGUCUGAGGCAUAGAGGAGGGAGACCCCUCAACACUGGGGCAGCUCUCCAGUACGUGAGGGACAAUGUCUUCACCGCCUCUGCGGGGAGUAGAAAGCAAGCGGGUGUCCCUCAGAUUCUCAUCCUCCUCAGUGGAGGACGGUCAAGCGAUAACAUAGAUAUACCUGCCUCCGCCUUGAAACAGGGCGGGAUCUUGAUUUUUGGUGUCGGCACCAGAAAUUCCAGCAGAGAGGUGCAGAGAAUUGCCAAUGAUCCUACCUAUGCACAGUCCAUCAAUGAAUUCUCUGACCUUCCCAGUGUCCAACAGCAGUUUAUCAGCUCCCUCAACAAUGUGCUUGGUCAAGUCAAGCCGGUGACAGCUACUGUGCCGGCUGAGCGAAAGAGGGAUGUGGUGUUCCUGCUGGAUGGUUCGGAUGGCACUAGGAGCUCUUUCCCUGCGAUGCGCGACUUUGUUGAAAGGAUGGUGGGGAGACUGAAUGUGUCUGAGAACAGAGACCGCGUGUCCGUGGUCCAGUACAGCAGAGAUCCAGAGGCCCAUUUCUAUCUUAACACAUACUCAAGAAAGGAGGACAUUCUUGACACAGUCAGGGGUCUGAGGCACAAAGGAGGGAGACCCCUCAACACAGGGGCAGCUUUGCAGUACGUGAGGGACAAUAUAUUCACUGCCUCCUCUGGAAGCAGACGUGUAGAAGGUGUGCCCCAGUUACUGAUUCUGCUGAGUGGUGGAAGGUCAUUUGAUAAUGUUGAUACACCGGCCUCAUCCCUGAAGGAGCUGGGAGUGCUUAUCUUUGGGAUAGGGUCAAGGAGCUCAGACAGCAGCGAACUCCAGAGGAUCUCCCAUGAGCCUAGUUAUGCACUCUCAGUAAGUGAUUUUGCUGACCUUCCAAGUGUCCAACAGCAGCUGUUCAGCAACAUUGACACAGUAUUUGUAGAGGUCACGUCUACCACUACCACGACGAUAGCUGAGGGCCGUAGGCAGAGGAGAGAUGUUGUCUUCCUGCUGGAUGGAUCGGAUGGCACUAGGAAUGGGUUCCCAGCAAUGAAAGAGUUUGUGCAAAGAAUGGUGGAGAGAUUGGACAUAGAUGAGAACAGAGACCGCGUUUCUGUGGUCCAGUACAGUGGAGACACAGAGGUCCAUUUCUAUCUUAACACGUACACGACAAAGGAAGACAUUCUUGACAGUGUCAGAGGUCUGAGGCACAAAGGAGGCAGACCCCUCUACACGGGGGCCGGUCUCCAGUACGUCAGAGACAAUGUCUUUACUGCCACCUCUGGCAGCAGGAGACUGGAUGGUGUGCCGCAGAUACUGGUUUUGCUUAGUGGGGGAAGGUCAUCUGACAGUGUUGACGCAGCAGCCUCCUCUCUGAAAGAGCUUGGAGUUUUGACCUUUGGAAUAGGAUCGAGGGGCUCUGAUAGCAGAGAAUUGCAGAGAAUUUCAUCCGACCCCAAUUAUGCCCUGACCGUGUCCGACUUCAGUGAGCUUCCGAAAGUCCAAGAGCAGCUGCUAGCCUCUGUCAAGGCUGUUGCAAUUCCCAUCACUCCAACAUCACCAGCUGUCACCGCUGUUUACACCACACCCAGAAGGGACGUAGUCUUUCUUCUGGACGGUUCAGAUGGCACUAGGAAUUCUUUCCCAGCUAUGCGUGACUUCGUGCAAAGAGUAGUGGAGAAAUUCAACAUAGAGGCCAACAGAGACCGUGUUUCUGUGGUGCAGUACAGUAGAGACGCUGAGGUCCAUUUCUAUCUGAACAGCUACACGACAAAGGAAGACGUUCUUGACCGUGUCAGAGGCCUGAGACACAAAGGAGGCAGACCCCUCAACAUGGGGGCAGCUCUCCAGUACGUCAGAGACAGUGUCUUUACUGCCACCUCUGGCAGCAGGCGGCUGGAGGGUGUGCCGCAGAUACUGGUUUUGUUUAGCGGGGGAAGGUCAUCUGACAGUGUCGAUGCAGCAGCCUCCUCUCUGAAAGAGCUUGGCGUUUUGACCUUUGGAAUAGGAUCGAGGGGCUCUGAUAGCAGAGAAUUGCAGAGAAUUUCAUCCGACCCCAAUUACGCUCUGACCGUGUCCGACUUCAGUGAGCUUCCAAAAGUCCAAGAGCAGCUGCUGGCCUCUGUCCAGGAUGUUGCAAUGCCUGUCACUCCGACUUCUCCGACUCUGACCGCUGAUGACGCCAUACCCAGAAAGGACGUAGUGUUCCUGCUGGACGCAUCAGAUGGCACUAGAAAUACUUUCCCGGCGAUGCGUGACUUCGUGCAAAGAUUAGUGGAGCAAUUCAGCAUAGAUGCAAACAGAGACCGUGUUGCCGUGGUGCAGUACAGUAGAGACGCAGAGGUCAAUUUCUAUCUGAAUACCUACACAACAAAGGGGGAGAUCUUGACCUCUGUCAGAGGUCUGAGGCAUAGAGGAGGGAGACCCCUCAACACUGGGGCAGCUCUCCAGUACGUGAGGGACAAUGUCUUCACCGCCUCUGCGGGGAGUAGAAAGCAAGCGGGUGUCCCUCAGAUUCUCAUCCUCCUCAGUGGAGGACGGUCAAGCGAUAACAUAGAUACACCUGCCUCCGCCUUGAAACAGGGCGGGAUCUUGAUUUUUGGUGUCGGCACCAGAAAUUCCAGCAGAGAGGUGCAGAGAAUUGCCAAUGAUCCUACCUAUGCACAGUCCAUCAAUGAAUUCUCUGACCUUCCCAGUGUCCAACAGCAGUUUAUCAGCUCCCUCAACAAUGUGCUUGGUCAAGUCAAGCCGGUGACAGCUACUGUGCCGGCUGAGCGAAAGAGGGAUGUGGUGUUCCUGCUGGAUGGUUCGGAUGGCACUAGGAGCUCUUUCCCUGCAAUGCGCGACUUUGUUGAAAGGAUGGUGGGGAGACUGAAUGUGUCUGAGAACAGAGACCGCGUGUCCGUGGUCCAGUACAGCAGAGAUCCAGAGGCCCAUUUCUAUCUUAACACAUACUCAAGAAAGGAGGACAUUCUUGACACAGUCAGGGGUCUGAGGCACAAAGGAGGGAGACCCCUCAACACAGGGGCAGCUUUGCAGUACGUGAGGGACAAUAUAUUCACUGCCUCCUCUGGAAGCAGACGUGUAGAAGGUGUGCCCCAGUUACUGAUUCUGCUGAGUGGUGGAAGGUCAUUUGAUAAUGUUGAUACACCGGCCUCAUCCCUGAAGGAGCUGGGAGUGCUUAUCUUUGGGAUAGGGUCAAGGAGCUCAGACAGCAGCGAACUCCAGAGGAUCUCCCAUGAGCCUAGUUAUGCACUCUCAGUAAGUGAUUUUGCUGACCUUCCAAGUGUCCAACAGCAGCUGUUCAGCAACAUUGACACAGUAUUUGUAGAGGUCACGUCUACCACUACCACGACGAUAGCUGAGGGCCGUAGGCAGAGGAGAGAUGUUGUCUUCCUGCUGGAUGGAUCGGAUGGCACUAGGAAUGGGUUCCCAGCAAUGAAAGAGUUUGUGCAAAGAAUGGUGGAGAGAUUGGACAUAGAUGAGAACAGAGACCGCGUUUCUGUGGUCCAGUACAGUGGAGACACAGAGGUCCAUUUCUAUCUUAACACGUACACGACAAAGGAAGACAUUCUUGACAGUGUCAGAGGUCUGAGGCACAAAGGAGGCAGACCCCUCUACACGGGGGCCGGUCUCCAGUACGUCAGAGACAAUGUCUUUACUGCCACCUCUGGCAGCAGGAGACUGGAUGGUGUGCCGCAGAUACUGGUUUUGCUUAGUGGGGGAAGGUCAUCUGACAGUGUUGACGCAGCAGCCUCCUCUCUGAAAGAGCUUGGAGUUUUGACCUUUGGAAUAGGAUCGAGGGGCUCUGAUAGCAGAGAAUUGCAGAGAAUUUCAUCCGACCCCAAUUAUGCCCUGACCGUGUCCGACUUCAGUGAGCUUCCGAAAGUCCAAGAGCAGCUGCUAGCCUCUGUCAAGGCUGUUGCAAUUCCCAUCACUCCAACAUCACCAGCUGUCACCGCUGUUUACACCACACCCAGAAGGGACGUAGUCUUUCUUCUGGACGGUUCAGAUGGCACUAGGAAUUCUUUCCCAGCUAUGCGUGACUUCGUGCAAAGAGUAGUGGAGAAAUUCAACAUAGAGGCCAACAGAGACCGUGUUUCUGUGGUGCAGUACAGUAGAGACGCUGAGGUCCAUUUCUAUCUGAACAGCUACACGACAAAGGAAGACGUUCUUGACCGUGUCAGAGGCCUGAGACACAAAGGAGGCAGACCCCUCAACAUGGGGGCAGCUCUCCAGUACGUCAGAGACAGUGUCUUUACUGCCACCUCUGGCAGCAGACGGCUGGAGGGUGUGCCGCAGAUACUGGUUUUGUUUAGCGGGGGAAGGUCAUCUGACAGUGUCGAUGCAGCAGCCUCCUCUCUGAAAGAGCUUGGCGUUUUGACCUUUGGAAUAGGAUCGAGGGGCUCUGAUAGCAGAGAAUUGCAGAGAAUUUCAUCCGACCCCAAUUACGCUCUGACCGUGUCCGACUUCAGUGAGCUUCCAAAAGUCCAAGAGCAGCUGCUGGCCUCUGUCCAGGAUGUUGCAAUGCCUGUCACUCCGACUUCUCCGACUCUGACCGCUGAUGACGCCAUACCCAGAAAGGACGUAGUGUUCCUGCUGGACGCAUCAGAUGGCACUAGAAAUACUUUCCCGGCGAUGCGUGACUUCGUGCAAAGAUUAGUGGAGCAAUUCAGCAUAGAUGCAAACAGAGACCGUGUUGCCGUGGUGCAGUACAGUAGAGACGCAGAGGUCAAUUUCUAUCUGAAUACCUACACAACAAAGGGGGAGAUCUUGACCUCUGUCAGAGGUCUGAGGCAUAGAGGAGGGAGACCCCUCAACACUGGGGCAGCUCUCCAGUACGUGAGGGACAAUGUCUUCACCGCCUCUGCGGGGAGUAGAAAGCAAGCGGGUGUCCCUCAGAUUCUCAUCCUCCUCAGUGGAGGACGGUCAAGCGAUAACAUAGAUACACCUGCCUCCGCCUUGAAACAGGGCGGGAUCUUGAUUUUUGGUGUCGGCACCAGAAAUUCCAGCAGAGAGGUGCAGAGAAUUGCCAAUGAUCCUACCUAUGCACAGUCCAUCAAUGAAUUCUCUGACCUUCCCAGUGUCCAACAGCAGUUUAUCAGCUCCCUCAACAAUGUGCUUGGUCAAGUCAAGCCGGUGACAGCUACUGUGCCGGCUGAGCGAAAGAGGGAUGUGGUGUUCCUGCUGGAUGGUUCGGAUGGCACUAGGAGCUCUUUCCCUGCAAUGCGCGACUUUGUUGAAAGGAUGGUGGGGAGACUGAAUGUGUCUGAGAACAGAGACCGCGUGUCCGUGGUCCAGUACAGCAGAGAUCCAGAGGCCCAUUUCUAUCUUAACACAUACUCAAGAAAGGAGGACAUUCUUGACACAGUCAGGGGUCUGAGGCACAAAGGAGGGAGACCCCUCAACACAGGGGCAGCUUUGCAGUACGUGAGGGACAAUAUAUUCACUGCCUCCUCUGGAAGCAGACGUGUAGAAGGUGUGCCCCAGUUACUGAUUCUGCUGAGUGGUGGAAGGUCAUUUGAUAAUGUUGAUACACCGGCCUCAUCCCUGAAGGAGCUGGGAGUGCUUAUCUUUGGGAUAGGGUCAAGGAGCUCAGACAGCAGCGAACUCCAGAGGAUCUCCCAUGAGCCUAGUUAUGCACUCUCAGUAAGUGAUUUUGCUGACCUUCCAAGUGUCCAACAGCAGCUGUUCAGCAACAUUGACACAGUAUUUGUAGAGGUCACGUCUACCACUACCACGACGAUAGCUGAGGGCCGUAGGCAGAGGAGAGAUGUUGUCUUCCUGCUGGAUGGAUCGGAUGGCACUAGGAAUGGGUUCCCAGCAAUGAAAGAGUUUGUGCAAAGAAUGGUGGAGAGAUUGGACAUAGAUGAGAACAGAGACCGCGUUUCUGUGGUCCAGUACAGUGGAGACACAGAGGUCCAUUUCUAUCUUAACACGUACACGACAAAGGAAGACAUUCUUGACAGUGUCAGAGGUCUGAGGCACAAAGGAGGCAGACCCCUCUACACGGGGGCCGGUCUCCAGUACGUCAGAGACAAUGUCUUUACUGCCACCUCUGGCAGCAGGAGACUGGAUGGUGUGCCGCAGAUACUGGUUUUGCUUAGUGGGGGAAGGUCAUCUGACAGUGUUGACGCAGCAGCCUCCUCUCUGAAAGAGCUUGGAGUUUUGACCUUUGGAAUAGGAUCGAGGGGCUCUGAUAGCAGAGAAUUGCAGAGAAUUUCAUCCGACCCCAAUUAUGCCCUGACCGUGUCCGACUUCAGUGAGCUUCCGAAAGUCCAAGAGCAGCUGCUAGCCUCUGUCAAGGCUGUUGCAAUUCCCAUCACUCCAACAUCACCAGCUGUCACCGCUGUUUACACCACACCCAGAAGGGACGUAGUCUUUCUUCUGGACGGUUCAGAUGGCACUAGGAAUUCUUUCCCAGCUAUGCGUGACUUCGUGCAAAGAGUAGUGGAGAAAUUCAACAUAGAGGCCAACAGAGACCGUGUUUCUGUGGUGCAGUACAGUAGAGACGCUGAGGUCCAUUUCUAUCUGAACAGCUACACGACAAAGGAAGACGUUCUUGACCGUGUCAGAGGCCUGAGACACAAAGGAGGCAGACCCCUCAACAUGGGGGCAGCUCUCCAGUACGUCAGAGACAGUGUCUUUACUGCCACCUCUGGCAGCAGACGGCUGGAGGGUGUGCCGCAGAUACUGGUUUUGUUUAGCGGGGGAAGGUCAUCUGACAGUGUCGAUGCAGCAGCCUCCUCUCUGAAAGAGCUUGGCGUUUUGACCUUUGGAAUAGGAUCGAGGGGCUCUGAUAGCAGAGAAUUGCAGAGAAUUUCAUCCGACCCCAAUUACGCUCUGACCGUGUCCGACUUCAGUGAGCUUCCAAAAGUCCAAGAGCAGCUGCUGGCCUCUGUCCAGGAUGUUGCAAUGCCUGUCACUCCGACUUCUCCGACUCUGACCGCUGAUGACGCCAUACCCAGAAAGGACGUAGUGUUCCUGCUGGACGCAUCAGAUGGCACUAGAAAUACUUUCCCGGCGAUGCGUGACUUCGUGCAAAGAUUAGUGGAGCAAUUCAGCAUAGAUGCAAACAGAGACCGUGUUGCCGUGGUGCAGUACAGUAGAGACGCAGAGGUCAAUUUCUAUCUGAAUACCUACACAACAAAGGGGGAGAUCUUGACCUCUGUCAGAGGUCUGAGGCAUAGAGGAGGGAGACCCCUCAACACUGGGGCAGCUCUCCAGUACGUGAGGGACAAUGUCUUCACCGCCUCUGCGGGGAGUAGAAAGCAAGCGGGUGUCCCUCAGAUUCUCAUCCUCCUCAGUGGAGGACGGUCAAGCGAUAACAUAGAUACACCUGCCUCCGCCUUGAAACAGGGCGGGAUCUUGAUUUUUGGUGUCGGCACCAGAAAUUCCAGCAGAGAGGUGCAGAGAAUUGCCAAUGAUCCUACCUAUGCACAGUCCAUCAAUGAAUUCUCUGACCUUCCCAGUGUCCAACAGCAGUUUAUCAGCUCCCUCAACAAUGUGCUUGGUCAAGUCAAGCCGGUGACAGCUACUGUGCCGGCUGAGCGAAAGAGGGAUGUGGUGUUCCUGCUGGAUGGUUCGGAUGGCACUAGGAGCUCUUUCCCUGCAAUGCGCGACUUUGUUGAAAGGAUGGUGGGGAGACUGAAUGUGUCUGAGAACAGAGACCGCGUGUCCGUGGUCCAGUACAGCAGAGAUCCAGAGGCCCAUUUCUAUCUUAACACAUACUCAAGAAAGGAGGACAUUCUUGACACAGUCAGGGGUCUGAGGCACAAAGGAGGGAGACCCCUCAACACAGGGGCAGCUUUGCAGUACGUGAGGGACAAUAUAUUCACUGCCUCCUCUGGAAGCAGACGUGUAGAAGGUGUGCCCCAGUUACUGAUUCUGCUGAGUGGUGGAAGGUCAUUUGAUAAUGUUGAUACACCGGCCUCAUCCCUGAAGGAGCUGGGAGUGUUUAUCUUUGGGAUAGGGUCAAGGAGCUCAGACAGCAGCGAACUCCAGAGGAUCUCCCAUGAGCCUAGUUAUGCACUCUCAGUAAGUGAUUUUGCUGACCUUCCAAGUGUCCAACAGCAGCUGUUCAGCAACAUUGACACAGUAUUUGUAGAGGUCACGUCUACCACUACCACGACGAUAGCUGAGGGCCGUAGGCAGAGGAGAGAUGUUGUCUUCCUGCUGGAUGGAUCGGAUGGCACUAGGAAUGGGUUCCCAGCAAUGAAAGAGUUUGUGCAAAGAAUGGUGGAGAGAUUGGACAUAGAUGAGAACAGAGACCGCGUUUCUGUGGUCCAGUACAGUGGAGACACAGAGGUCCAUUUCUAUCUUAACACGUACACGACAAAGGAAGACAUUCUUGACAGUGUCAGAGGUCUGAGGCACAAAGGAGGCAGACCCCUCUACACGGGGGCCGGUCUCCAGUACGUCAGAGACAAUGUCUUUACUGCCACCUCUGGCAGCAGGAGACUGGAUGGUGUGCCGCAGAUACUGGUUUUGCUUAGUGGGGGAAGGUCAUCUGACAGUGUUGACGCAGCAGCCUCCUCUCUGAAAGAGCUUGGAGUUUUGACCUUUGGAAUAGGAUCGAGGGGCUCUGAUAGCAGAGAAUUGCAGAGAAUUUCAUCCGACCCCAAUUAUGCCCUGACCGUGUCCGACUUCAGUGAGCUUCCGAAAGUCCAAGAGCAGCUGCUAGCCUCUGUCAAGGCUGUUGCAAUUCCCAUCACUCCAACAUCACCAGCUGUCACCGCUGUUUACACCACACCCAGAAGGGACGUAGUCUUUCUUCUGGACGGUUCAGAUGGCACUAGGAAUUCUUUCCCAGCUAUGCGUGACUUCGUGCAAAGAGUAGUGGAGAAAUUCAACAUAGAGGCCAACAGAGACCGUGUUUCUGUGGUGCAGUACAGUAGAGACGCUGAGGUCCAUUUCUAUCUGAACAGCUACACGACAAAGGAAGACGUUCUUGACCGUAUCAGAGGCCUGAGACACAAAGGAGGCAGACCCCUCAACAUGGGGGCAGCUCUCCAGUACGUCAGAGACAGUGUCUUUACUGCCACCUCUGGCAGCAGGCGACUGGAGGGUGUGCCGCAGAUACUGGUUUUGCUUAGCGGAGGAAGGUCAUCUGACAGUGUUGAUGCAGCAGCCUCCUCUCUGAAAGAGCUUGGCAUUUUGACUUUUGGAAUAGGAUCCAGGCGCUCUGAUAGCAGAGAAUUGCAGAGAAUUUCAUACGAACCUAAUUAUGCUAUGACUGUGUCCGACUCAGUGAGCUUCCAAAAGUCCAAGAGCAGCUGGCUGGCCUCUGUCCAGGAUGUUGCAAUGCCUGUCACCCCAACUUCUCCGACUCUGACCG